CCGCUUCUCUGAUUCAUCUGGACUGGAUGUUUCCUCUCUGUAAUACUUGUAGGCAGCUGUGAAUGUCUCUGCUCCAUACUUCUAAUUGAGUCCUGACCAACAGCUCUUUCACAGGAACCCUUUGGAUGCCCAGCACAUCUGUAGUCCUUUGAAAGACCUUUCAUCAUGCUGAAGAAUGUUGAUUUAAAAAACAACUGAAAAAAACAGAAGGCCUUUAUAUCCAGCUGCACAUCCCCUGAUGAUCUGGGACUGCAUCCCUAUAAAUUAUCACCUCUGCACUGGAAAGAUUUAGGAUGUGGCCAUACAGCAACUUCCUGGAGCACUCCAGAAAGCACAUUCACAACAUCAGCUGAUGUGCCAAGACUGAACUUGCAGCAUCAUAAAAUCUUAAUCAAGUGAAAAUGGCCUUCAGCAAUCUGACAUCAAAGGCUGUGCUGCUAUAUGAUGAAUGGAUCAAAGAUGCUGAUCCAAGACUGGAAGGCUGGCCACUCAUGUCUUCACCUUUUCCAACGACCUUUAUCAUUGGAACCUACAUCUAUUUUGUCACUUCUCUGGGACCCAAACUCAUGGAAAAUAAAAAACCUUUUGAACUCAGGCAGAUAAUGGCAUUUUAUAACUUUAGUGUGGUAAUCCUUUCUUUGUACAUGACUUACGAAUUUCUUAUGUCGGGUUGGGCCACCGGGUACUCAUUCCGGUGUGAUAUUGUUGACUACUCAAGGUCACCUACAGCUCUAAGAAUGGUACGAACUUGUUGGCUGUACUACUUUUCCAAGUUCAUUGAACUAUUAGACACUAUUUUUUUUGUGCUACGUAAGAAAAACAACCAAGUUACAUUCCUGCAUGUCUUUCAUCAUUCCAUCAUGCCAUGGACCUGGUGGUUUGGAGUCAAAUUUGCUGCAGGUGGUUUAGGGACGUUUCAUGCUUUGUUGAACUGUAUUGUACAUGUUGUCAUGUACACUUACUAUGGCAUCUGUUCUUUGGGACCAGCCUAUCAUAAAUACUUGUGGUGGAAAAAAUACAUGACAACUAUACAACUUGUCCAGUUCAUUAUGAUUACAGUCCAUAUAGGACAAAUCUACAUCAUGGAUGAUUGUCCAUACCAGUAUCCAAUUUUCAUGUUUAUUAUUUGGCUAUAUGGUUCCAUGUUUUUAGUCUUGUUUCUGCACUUCUGGUACCAUGCUUACACAAAGGGACAACGACUACCAAAGACGACAAGAAAUAGCAUCAGCAAAGAUCAGUGAAACAAACUCUUGUCUACAAGAAAGAAGAAAAAAACGUAUACAUCAGAGUGAAAACUUGAGCUACUUGACAAUCAAGAUAUUUAGGUGCACACACUACACUGUGUAUAUUUUGUAUGUUUUCUUCCAAAGCAGAACUUGUAUUUUUACCAUAAGUUAUUUGGGUUUCAAAAUUUGGGGGGUGGGGUAGAACAGCAUGUAUCUCUGAAUUAAAAAGGAAAAAAAAAAAGUGUUUUCAGCAACUUCCUCGUGUCUUUCCUGCAAGAAAUGAAUGGAUAGAUGAUCUCUAUCUAGAAGAUGCAGGAAAAUAAAGAUACUUGUUGAGAAAAUUAGUGUGUAUGACAAGUACAAAGUACUUUGACCAUUGAGGAAAAAAAUGACUUAAUUGUUAUAAGUUGCUGAGAAUGUCAGCUACAAUUUAUUAACAUAACGAAUCUUCAAUAAAUACUGUAUUUGAAUAUAAAUCUUAUUAUUAAUAUAACUAAUACAUAUAAGCAUUAUGUGUUUAAAAACAAUAUUACUUUAAAGAAAGGAAUGUAUGUUAAUCUGUCGAAGUAUGGCAUUUAGUUUGAAGAUAGACUUUUAUAUAUACCCUCUUUGAUUGAGAUAACUUAAUUCAUUUUAUGUAGGAAACUUGUAUUCAUUUAAAAAUUAUCCUAAAUGCAGGAAACCUACUAAUUUGAGGGUCAUCCAAACUGUCUUGUAGUGUAAUGAUCAAAACAGCCUAGUGAUUUGUUCACCAAAGUGUUAUAGUAAUCUUAAUCUAUGAGUAUGUUUUUAUAUAUGUAGGAUAGACUGCUUAGUGGGGAUAAAUAUGUAAUUCAGCAGUCAAAAUCUUAGUCCUUAUAUAUCUUUUAAAGAAACACAUUUUUUGAUUGAAGCCUAAAUGUUAGAUACCAUGACUGUACUGUGCUCUGUUUUCUUCCAUUCCCAUUAUCUAUUGAAAUACAUGCCUCAAAAGAC